AUGGAAUUAAAUACUUUAUAAAUAUUUUCUGUUUAUAAAACAAGUGAAUAAGAAUGUACACAUUACAUUGUAUCUAAUUCAAGUAAUAAAUUAUUUAUUUGCAAGAAAAGUAGUAUGAACAAAUUUCCUAUUUUACAUAUAGGUAAAAUGCUUAUUGAUUUUAAGACAGUUUCUUAAACAUUUGUUAAAAGAUAAUUUAUUCUACACCUGUUAAUUAACUUGAGUCUAUGUUUACUCUAGCGAUAAAUCUUAAAAGUUAGUUGAUAAAUAGUCGAACAUCAAGAGAUAUUCGUUAAAUCAUUUACCAACGAAUAAUUCCAAUAAAAUUUAUAUUCACUUAUUUAUUUUAAGAAUUAACAAAUCCAUACUAUAUAUUUCAAUACUUUUCAACUUUUAAAUUUGCUUAUGGAUAGCUGAAGGUAAUUUUAUAAUUUUGAUCUAGAUAGGUUUCAAGGUAGAAUAUAUUUACUUCAAUUGAUAUAUGCAUCAAGAAUCUAAUUAUAACAAUUAGAAGUUAAGGAUGGGAUUUAGUAGGUGGAGAUUUCUUUUAUAUCCAUGAUAAUUAAUAAUUGAAUUGUGAUUCCAUAUUAUUAUCUGGAGUGAAUCUAUACAUGUUUCUAAAUAAUCAAUAAAAGAAUUAGCAAAUGAAUUAACAUAUAACACACUAUUUAAAGAUAUAAAUAAAUAUAGCAUAUAUAUCUCAUACUAAAGUGAUUUAAAUUUCCUAAAUUUAAUAAAAUAUUGCUUUAGUAAUAAGAACAGGAUAUAGUUCGGUACGUGUAUAGCGUUUUAGAAAUGUAAUAUUUCCUCCUACAUCUUCCAAACAAUUAUAUCUUCAAACUUGUAAAUUUUUGGUAAUCCUUGGCCUUAUUGGUUUAUCAAUUUUCACUUUACUCUAUACAUUAUAGUAAUAUAAGGAUUAUUCAAGAAAUUUAAUAAUCAUUAGGUAAAAUAAUCUAAAUAUAAGAUAUUAAAAUGUGUUCCACCAAGAUUACCUAUUGUUAAACUAUUUCUAUAAUAAAUUAAAAAAAGAAGAUAUUAUUGGUUCUAAUCCAAUAAAAACAGAAGAAGCAGAAAAGAUCGUUACAUUAUGUUUUAACAAAACUGGCACUCUAUCUACUUUAGGGUUAUAAGUAAAUAAUUAUUAUCAUCAUUGUGAUGAAAUAUUUGAUAUCAUGCUUGUUGUCAUCAUUAAAUUAAAUGAAUGA